AUAACUUCGCAUAAACCAGUUGGUCACCAAGUGCUAGUUGAUGUGAAAAUCUUUGAGAAAUAUCGCUGAUGUCAUAUUUGGCCCGAGGCGCGUAUAUCUCCCCGUCUUCGUGGUGCUUUGUAAGGCUGCGUCAGACAGACGUGCUCCGACCCCCCAACGGACAUAUUGGUACAUUCCGUCCAGCGGGGUGGGGGAGUCGCGUGGAAGAAGAGCACAGAUUCCGUCUAACGGAGAAGCACGGAAAAGGAAACGGCCCAGAGACAUGAGUCGAAAUCGCCCCUCUGAAGGUUUCCACCUUGAAGGAAUAAAUCAUCUCCCCCACGCCUGAGAAGGAUAAGUAACGUUAAAGGAGGAUUAUAGGUCGUGAGAGUCGCGGAAGCAGUCGCAAGAAGAGGCGCGUCGAGAAGCUGUGACAGACGUCUGACAGCCAGCUCGGGAAGUUUCCUGGAUUUGGAGCUUCGGUUUACUGUUAGGCGACUUUCGGGCUUUUGGUCUUUUUUUGUUUGUGACUCGUGUGGUUUCCUUAAAGAUUGGCCUGUGCAGCAGUGCCGGAGGCUGGGAGGCAAACGCAAGUCAGUGGCUCGUCUAGUGAAGUUUCCGACAUUAGGAGACAUUUGCUGUUUGCUGCUGAGCCCAAACUCUGGAUUUAAACUUGGCCUGUCGAUUCCUCCCCCCUCGGGCGAGGUGCAGCUGUGCAGCAGAGUGACGGUACGUCACGUUGUUCCUGCGUGGAUUUACAGAAAGCAACAGUUGCAGUGGACUGUUUUGAUUACAUGUGUCCGUGUACCUGCGUGUUGUCACGGAGCCAUCUGGUACAGUGUGUCCGGCCCUUCCUCCCUCAAAGGACUCGUGCUUCCCCCGCUAAAGGCUUUGUGGGGCUCUGUACACACUCUGUGACUUUGCCAGUCAAGGCCUGUGUGUGUCACUGGAUUAAUCUGAGUGAUAACAUCACUCUACACUGCCCUACUCUGUCCAGAGACUAGCCCCCAGAAAGCGCAAGCAAUUGGAGCUAUUUUUACUGUAAGGGAUGGGGUAAAAGCAGGCAGCUGGAAACCCUAUUCCCCUCCACCUCCUUCUGUUCCACCCCUUUUAUCACACUACCUCACUUAGCCCACCUGGCAGUAUGCUGGUCAAACCUGGUUAGCACACGUCUGACCCAGAGCCAGGGAUUUACAACUGAAUAAGAAUCUUCUGUUGAAUACCACAAGCUCUGUCUGAACCCACUGACCAUGGAGCCCAAGUAACCUGGGAAUGCCAGCUACUCUUAUUUUCCACCCACAAAUCCUCUUGUGGAUUGUCACUAAGAUGUCUAAAGGACUACUGGCUUUUGGUUUAAUCUGCCCAGGACUAAGUAAAAUCAUCAUAAGCAAGUGCACAGUGUCUUAGUAACCUUUAGCCCUUAGACCAUUAGCUCACAUUCUUAAAUCAGAGAAGAAUACGCUGUCCUUUGACUACCUACAAGUCACCAGCGAUCUGUAAUGCUUCAGACCUCCUUUACAGAGAAUGCGAAAAACUGCCCUGACAAACGUAACUAAAAGCUAACCAAAUAUUCUAUUUCUCCCACUCCCUGCACCCACAGAGAAACUAAAUAUAUAUCUAGAAUGAGAGAUCUAUAUCUAUAGCAUAACUCCACCCAAGACAGAGAUUACAUCCAUUAUAUUUUUACUUCAGAGACACACUGCCUGAACACCAGUUGGUUGCCUUAGAAACUGCAGUCACAAAAAAGCGAAACAAGCCAGAGAAGACGGUGCCUUUUGAUUGAUUGCUUGGUCUCUUACCAUGUUAAGAAUAAUUGAUUUCAGAUACAUGUGAACUGUUAAAGUGAACUCUGGGAUUGCAAACACGCCUGAUGACAGUUAUCUGUCCCCUUAGAAGCCCACCCACCUAUCAAAGUGUUUUUUGAUUGACAUUAUUUCUCUACUGGAUUGAACGAAUAACCAGCUUUUCCAUGGUGAUCACAUCAUCAUCAUCGUCCGUGGAGGACAAGAACGUGCCCUCUUGCAGGAUGGUCCAGACAGAACCCUGGAUUACUUCUGCCCUGCUCCGCAAGAACAAGAGUGUAAGCAGCUCAGGAUGUCCGCCCACCACCACCUCCUCCUCCUCCUCCUCCUCCUCCUCCUCUACUGCCCAGGGCUUCUCCCUCGCUGAGCCAGCCAUGACCAGCCAGCACACACAUACACACCCCUCCUUCAGCUCCAUCCACUCCAUGGCCGAGCAGCAGCAGGUGCUGUCUGAUAUGACCAUACUCCAGCGGAGGAUCCCCCCUAGUUUCAGAGACCCUGCUAAUGCUCCUCUGAGGAAACUCUCUGUUGACCUCAUCAAAACUUACAAGCACAUCAAUGAGGUGUACUAUACUAAAAAGAAGCGGCGGGCCCAACAGGUCCCUCCAGAGGACAGCAGCACCAAGAAAGAGAGAAAAGUCUACAAUGACGGCUAUGAUGAUGACAACUAUGAUUACAUUGUAAAAAAUGGAGAAAAGUGGCUGGACCGCUAUGAGAUAGACUCUCUGAUUGGAAAAGGCUCCUUUGGACAGGUGGUGAAGGCCUAUGACCACCAUGAGCAGGAAUGGGUUGCCAUUAAGAUCAUUAAAAACAAAAAAGCAUUUCUGAACCAGGCCCAGAUUGAACUACGCCUGCUGGAGCUCAUGAACAAGCAUGACACAGAGAUGAAAUAUUACAUAGUCCACCUGAAGCGUCACUUUAUGUUUAGGAAUCAUCUCUGUUUGGUGUUUGAGUUGUUGAGCUACAACCUCUACGAUCUGCUGAGGAACACAAAUUUCAGAGGAGUGUCCCUCAACCUUACCAGGAAAUUUGCACAGCAGCUCUGCACAGCAUUAUUAUUCCUGGCUACGCCAGAGCUUUCAAUCAUCCACUGCGAUCUGAAACCAGAGAACAUCCUGCUUUGUAACCCCAAGAGGUCCGCUAUCAAGAUAGUGGACUUUGGAUCCUCGUGCCAGCUGGGGCAGAGGAUUUACCAGUACAUUCAGAGCAGGUUUUACCGCUCUCCUGAGGUUCUACUGGGGAUGCCGUAUGACCUGGCCAUUGACAUGUGGUCUCUAGGCUGCAUCCUGGUUGAGAUGCACACAGGGGAGCCUCUCUUCAGUGGCUCCAAUGAGGUUGAUCAAAUGAAUAAGAUUGUGGAGGUCCUGGGAAUACCGCCCACCCACAUGCUUGAUGCAGCUCCUAAAGCAAGAAAGUAUUUUGACAAACUUUCAGACGGCUUGUGGACAGUGAAGAAAAACAAGGACAUUAAAAAGGAGUACAAGCCCCCAGCCACUCGACGUCUUCAUGAAAUCUUAGGUGUUGAGACUGGGGGCCCAGGGGGCAGGAGGGCAGGGGAGCCAGGACACGCCCCCUGUGACUACCUGAAAUUUAAAGACCUGAUUCUCCGUAUGCUGGACUAUGACCCUAAAAGUCGCAUCACACCAUUCUACGCUCUGCAGCACAAUUUCUUCAAGAAGACGACAGAUGAAGGAACCAACACUAGUUCAUCUACAUCCACCUCUCCUGCCAUGGACCACUCCCAUUCAACCUCCACUACUAGCUCGGUUUCUAGCUCUGGUGGUUCCAGUGGUUCUUCCAAUGACAACCGCAACUACCGCUACAGUAACCGCUACUACAACUCUGCUGUAACACAUUCAGACUAUGAAAUGACCAGCCCUCAGGCUCCUUCUCAGCAACAGAUGAGAAUGUGGCCAGGCAGUGAUGGUGGAGGUGGGGGUCAGGACCCAGCAUACACCCAGUUGCUGCUCCACAAGCCGGCUGCCUCCCAACAACACCAGCGCCACUUCCUGGACCCUCCUCAUCACCCUCACCCAACUUACUCCCACCAUGGAAACGGUGGUCGUGGCCUGAGGCAGAGUGGACAGACAGGCAUCAGUGGUGGGGGGGGGCAGCAGGGAUCCUCGCCCCAGAUGAGUGACAGCAUGGAUGUAGGCGUGUCCUUAGGGCUGCACCACCUUGGGGCAGUGUCUUCCAUGGAAGCCUCUCAAUUUGGCUCUGCCUCCCUACCCCUCGCUUUGCCAAUCGGACUGUCUGCCUUCCGGACUCGGACGGCCCCCACCGCCCCAGGGCAACAAGCCCCGCCCCCUGAGGACUACUACCCUGCCUCAAACAACAAUAACCCCAGUGCAGGGGGCAGAGGGAGGCCGGACUCAGAAGAGGGGCCAGCCAACUCUUGAUAAAACCUGAACCAUGCCCUAAAGCCAUACAAUUUUAUCUACAGCUACUACAACUACACACAUCCAGACAGACUUCAGAGACAAAGAGGUGAACUUUGUGCUGAAGACAGUUUGUACUGCAUGAGAGGAGGAGGGGGAAGGAGGAGGAUGCUGGGAAAACUUCUUUUAUUCUGUUUUAGUUUGUCUUUUGUUGCGACUGAAAUUGAAUUGGAAAGAAAUGAUUGUGAUGAGUUUGUUUUUAUUAAUAUUAUUAUUGUUGUUUAAUGUUAUUUGAUUUAUUUUCUCUGGUUUGAGGAUUCGUGUGUUCAACUUGGUUGUUGUUUAAGCCUGCAGAGGAGAAGGAGGAUGAAGAGGAUAGAGAGAGGAGCCAUCAUUUCCCAUUUUUCUCUAUAUGCUGGCUGUACAUGGAAGGAGAGCACAUGCAUGCACAUACGCAUACACACAAACCCACACACACUAACCCACAUUGAAUUUCUCAGCAUAUAAGGCUGCCGAGUCCUGAUUCAUCUGUUUUCAAAGGGAGAAAACACAAACGUGUGGUUCAAGACUCAUGGCUUCUUUCUCCUGUGUGCAGCUCAUGUUUUCUUUGAGUCUGUCCUCUUUUUGUCACUCAGCCUGAGUAUGACAGACUAUAGAGAGAGGGAGGGAGGAGGAGGUGACAGGACAAUGAUGCCUUUGUGGCGUGUGCAGGGAUCGCCUUCUCCUCAUUCUCCCUUUCUAUGCACCCUCCGGUUCUCCUCCUCCUCCUCAUCCUGUUGUGUUUCUCCUCCAGACAGCUUCUCCUCUCUGUGCUGCUAAUCACCAUGACAACUGGUCCGGAUUGCUGCUAAAGAUCCAACACAGAUCAAUAAAGAAAUAAAAAGAAAUAGAAACAGAAAUUUAAAAAAAACUUUUUAACCCUUCUGCUUAAGAGAAAAUGAUAAAGUAAGAACCACUGCAUCUCAAUGUAUUUAUUACUAUUUAACAAGAAAAAACAAACUGAAAGUAACCCUUUUUUCUGCUCUUCUUUGUUUGGUUGCCUUCUUUCUGCAGGUGAGCUCUGAUUGGCUAUUGUAACAGUGACAGUAACUGGUAAAAUGGGAAUGCCACCAGUGGUGGGGCCUGGGUAGAGGGGAGGGUUUGGGGCAAAAUAAAGUUGGAUAUAUAAUAAGAAUAAAGACUAUACUUUUGCACACCAAAGUCAAAAAAAUAUCAGAUCUCCGCUUUUCUUCCUAGUAAAUUGAUCCAGCAGGCCACCCUCCCUCCACAGUGCAGGAACAAGUUCAUUCAUCAAUGAAAAGAAACGUAAAAUGAAUGAAUGUACACAGACCGUGCAGCUAGGAACCAGGAUUGGGUCAUCCAGCAGACACAUCACAAGAAUCUUAGGUGACACCUCAGAGUUUAUCACCUGUGCUGGCGUUGGACCAGUGACACAUUCCUGUGGAGUUUGUAGCUUUGCUUGGGUUGGUUGGUGGUUUUGUAUAACAAGUACACCUCACACACACACACAAUCAAACGUUUCCUGCUCAAAGUCUUAAAUAUCUAUUGUCUUGUAGAAAGAAUAUGAUAAAUGACAAGGUUCCAUAUUGGCCUGGUCCUCCUGCAGUGUGCUAGGGCAGCUAUAGUGACUUGGUGGACUGUGUAUGAAUGUAUACAUCAGCACAACUGUGCUUUCUUCACAUGUUCUCUCAUAAGGAAUAUCCUAAGAUUAUCACCAUGGUUACCAUGAUGAGUAAAAACACAGUAUCUGUGCAGCUCUCCUCUUUCUGUUUCUUUCACAAAUAAAGCUAAUUCUUAGCUUAGUCUUCUUUGAAACAUUAGUAAAAACCCAACAGUGUGACAAAGUCAUACAUUCACAGAUGACUUCAAGUGAAGCCAGAAACUUAUUAGUGGGAACCGCUCUUACACUAUUGUUAUCUUUGCUCUGGUUCACAGUGUAUGAUGAAUUGAGAUUCAAAUCUUUAUUAUUUUAGUAGUUUAUUGUUCUUCCGUAGGUUUUCUGGCACCUAAUUCCUCCUGCAUGCUUUCAGCUACAGAAAUCAUUAAAAUAUCAAAACUUCCAGCUUUCAAAGUAAUAGUGACAACUUUUUAAUAUAUUUCAUAUAUUUCAAAAUAUUAAGCUUUUUUUAGCCGAUUUUUUUCCAGUAAAGUGAUUGGAGAGACCUUUUUUUACGUUUUUGUCUUCUUUCAGCUUUAACUACUUCAGCAUACAGUGGUAGCAAUUAGAAGUGUCAGCCUCUACUUCCCCGCGCUGUCAUCUCGUAAGUGCUGAGCAAGUCUUGGGUGGCGUAGUGGUUAACAUGCAUGGCCUCAAAGCUUUUUGUCCCGGCUCUGAGUCUCAGUGGGAGCAAUCUUUCAAUUUCAAUUAUUGGAAAAACUAUCAUUUGGCCCACAAGACAAAAUCACAUGACAACAUCACCGUAUUAUUCUUUACAUGGAUCGGUAAGACUAUGAUGAUUAUAGUAUGUAGUAUAGUAGUAUUUACAAGUUAUGGCAGUUCAAAACUGAAAUAAGCAGCUGCAUGCCUAGACAGACAGAGCUUUACUUUGCUGUGCGCGCUCUCAUGCCCAGCAUUCAAUUUGUGUAAGACAAGCUACUGAUGGACAAGGUGCUGAAUGUAGCCGUGUGCAUUGGCUUUUGAUCAUCUUUUCUGCUGCAUUUCAUAAAAGUAUAUCAGAUGUUCUCAACAGUCUCUUUGGCUAGUGUAGCCAAGGUGGGAAAUAAGUGUUAACAUUGAGGAAGGCAUAAGACACUCCCACUCCCUGGUGCUGACUAACCUAAAUCUUAGAAAGUGUAAAGGUUAAUGCACCUCACUAGCAUGCUUUUGUCGCAGGUUUGAGUCUUGGUGGAAGCAAUAGUUCAAUUUUAAUUUCUGAAAAAAAAAUGUUGGUAUCUCAUUAUCAUUUUGCCCACAAGACAAUAGCUCAAAAUUAACUGUGCUGUGUAAGGAAAUAUGUCAGUUUUGAAAGAAAAGGGAAGGAGAGUUUCUGUUAGAGCUGGUGCUUCUAUGGGCCAAUAAGAGAUAACUGGUUCCUUUGAAGCUGGGGUGUAUCAUUACAUUGAGCUCCUCUGCAAUAAUGGCUUAAAUUACUCUGUGGGAGAAUCUGAUGCAAAUAAAUCUGAGCCAUUUUCCUACCAAA